CCGGCGGUUUCCUCGGUGUGUGUCGGCUCUUCUCGGUGUGUCCGCCGUUACCGCGGUUCCGUUCGGUAUCCGUCUCCUGUUUGUGUCUCCAACAUGGCGGCCUCCGUGCACCUGUUUCCCACUUGCGUCUGUCUCGUGCUGCUGUGUCGCCUUCCCGCGGCCGUGUGCUCGCGCAGGGACGUGCUCGAGCUCGGGGAUGCGGACUUCGACUACCUGGCAACGGAGCACGAGACCAUGCUGGUGAAGUUCUACGCUCCCUGGUGUGGUCACUGUAAGAAACUGGCUCCAGAGUUUGACAGAGCAGCGACUCGACUGAAGGGAAAUGUUCGGUUAGCAAAGGUGGACUGUACGACUCACUCAGAGACCUGUGGACGGUUUGGGGUUUCUGGUUAUCCCACUCUGAAGAUCUUCAGGUAUGGCAGAGACUCCGCCCCCUACGAUGGACCUCGCACCGCAGAGGGGAUCUAUCAGUACAUGAAGAAGCAGACGGGUCCAGACUCGGUUCUCCUGAGGACCAAAGAAGAUCUGCAGGCCUUCGUCAACAACUACGACGCCAGCAUCGUCGGUGUGUUCUCAGGUGCAGACGGCUCUCGUCUGGCUGAGUUCCUGAAUGCAGCAGGUCUCCUCAGAGAACAGUUCAGGUUCGCUCACAGCACUGAUCUGCAGCUGGCCGAGGAUCAUGGAAUCCACUCAGAGUGUGUGCUGCUGUUCAGACCUCCCAGACUCUCCAACACAUUUGAGGACAGUUUGGUCGUCUUCAAAGACUAUCUGACCAUCGGCUCGCUGAGACGCUUCAUCAGAGAUCACAUUUAUGGCCUGUGUCCUCACAUGACCCUGGAGAACAGAGAUCGUCUGAGAGUUCGUGACCUGCUGACGGCGUACUAUGAUCUGGACUAUCAUCACAACGUCCGUGGGUCCAACUACUGGAGGAACAGGGUGAUGAAGGUGGCAUCUAAAUAUGGUGGGCGGGGCCUAACAUACUCAGUAGCCAAUAAGAAGGACUUUCUGUCUGAACUGGAGGAUGACUUCGGUCUGGGGACGUCAGACGGAGGAGAGCUGCCGUUCGUCACCAUCCGGACCAGACUGGGCCACAAGUACACCAUGAGGGAGGAGUUCACGAGGGAUGGUCAGUCUCUGGAGAGGUUUCUGGAUGAUUACUUCGCAGGUCGACUCAAACGAUAUGUUAAAUCAGAGCCGGUACCUGAGAGAAACACCGCUGACGUCAAGAUGGUUGUUGCCGAGUCCUUUGAUGAUGUGGUCAAUGAUCCAGAUAAAGAUGUUCUGAUCCAGUUCUACUCUCCAUCCUGUCCUCACUGUAAGAAGCUGGAGCCGGUGUACAGGGAGCUGGCUCACACGGUAACACCUUUAUUUUGUAUUUUAGCUGAAAUUCACUAAAUUCCAUCAGUGUACACGUAGUAACUGGGGCAUGAAAACAGGAUUUUAGACAAUUUUGCUAAUUAAAUACUUCAUUAAAUCCUUUUUGCCAUCUGAACCCCAAAACUUGCUGGUAGAUUUGAAAUGCAUCUUGAUAAUAUCACCAGAAUCACAGCGUUUGUUGGUUGGAAACGGUAAAAACAGGAAGAACUGACUCAGCUGUGACCAUUAGUGAAACAUUUGACGAAGAGAAAAAACUGUCUCGAUACUGACCGAAGACAUUU